AUGCUAUUCUCUGUUUAUGCCAAUCUUGGAAGGCUCGUAACACACUUUUGUUGUCAAUAUUGGCCUAUUAUUAUAUCAAAAAUAUUUGGAAAGCAUAAUAAGGAUGAGAAUUUUGAUGUUUUUAAAACCCAGCGUCUUCCUUUAUCAUCAAUUUUAACAUUGCUAAUAUUGCAUCAAUCUAUAGGGUUGGGUAUUUACAGUUUUGGGAUAAAAGAUUGGCCCGUAAUUUCGACUGUAUAUUUUAGCAUUACAACAAUGGCAACUUCUGGUUUUGGCGAUUACCAUCCCGAUACAGACAGUUGGCCUGAGACAAUAAUUGCCGUCCUAUACAUUUCUGUUGGAAUUGUUCUUCUCUCAGCAUUAUUCUUAACAUUGGCACUCUAUUAUCAAACCUUCCUAUAUAUUGAAUUUAAAGGCAUUUUUGUUCAGCUAUAUGAUAAACUUUUGCUUUGGAAACGUUGUAAUAAAAUUGGAGACAAUGGGGCUGUUGAGAAGGGAGAGGCUAAAAAUCUUCAUUAAGAUAGGAAACGCAAGAUUUUUUAUUAGUUUUUUAAACAAAAUGAACUUUAAAAU